GGACUGAUGGACAGAAUUGGGCGAAUGGUAACCCAGAAAUGCAUAUCAGCAAUACAAGCAACCUGGCAGAUUGUCCUCUGCAGAGAGUUCCAACUGCUCCAGUUGUGGUUCAUGUAUCAAGACCAAAAGAGAUUGAGAACAAAAGGAAGGAUCUUCCAAUAGUCAUGAUGGAGCAGGAGAUAAUUGAAGCUAUAAAUGAAAACAUUACUGUUAUUACUUGUGGGGAGACUGGUUGUGGUAAGACCACUCAUGUUCUACAGUUUCUUUAUGAAGCAAGCUUUGGUUCAGACCAAUCUACUGUUUCGAGUGGCAUUACUGGUGUUACGCAACCACGCCGUGUUGCUAUCCUUGCAACUGCCAAGCGGGUGGCAUUUGAGCUUGGUUUUUGUCUAGGCAAGGAGAUUGGCUUUCAAGUUAGGCGUGAUCAGAGGAUUGGAGACAGUUGCUCCAUCAAGUUUAUGACUGAUCACAUUUUGUUACGAGGAGUGCAGAGUGAUUUCUUAUUGAAGAAGUACUCGAUCAUAAUUUUGGAUGAGGCUCAUGAGAGGAGCUUGAACACUGACAUACUUAUUGGAAUGCUUUCUCGCAUUAUACAACAGCGCCAGAUAAUCUAUGAGGAGCAGCAGUGUAAGGUCCUUUCAGGAGAAAGAAUAAGCCCUGAAAGGAAGAUCUCUCUAUUAAAACUGGUGCUUAUGAGUGCCACCUUACGAGUUGAAGACUUCAUUUCCAGAAGGGGGAUAUUUUGUGAUCCCCCACUUGUGAUAGAAACUCCAACUCGACAGUAUACUGUAACUAUACACUUCUCAAAGUGAACAGAGAUUAUGGACUACAUUGGCCAAGCCUAUAAGAAGGUCUUGUCAAUUCACAAGAGAUUGCCACCUUGUGGCAUACUUACAUUUGUCACCAGUCAGAGAGAAGAAGAGUACUUGUGCCAGAAGCUGCGUCAAGCUUCAAAGGAAAUAGUUGAGAAUAGUUUUAAAAGAAAUAUGGGAAACGAGGUUUCUACAUACUCUGUAGGGAAUGCCGCUGAGGAAUAUGAUAUGAAGGAGAUCAAUGAAGCAUAUGAAAUGCAUGGAAACUCACGCCAUGAUAAAACUGACAGGUUUAGUUCUUAUGAUGAAGACCAUGGUGAUUCAGAUGAUAAUGAAUCAGAUUUUUCUGAUGAUUUGGGGUCAGAUAGUGAUCUGGAAAGUGUUGAUGACGAUAGAGGUUUAUUGAACCAGAAAACCAAGGUUGAUGAUAAUAUUGCAGAAAUAUUUAGAGAGGACCGGGACCUUGAUUCAUUGAAGGCUGCUUUUGAAGUUUUGGCUGGAAAAACUACCUUGAAUUCUGAUUUUCAUGAGAAACAGGUUGUUCCUUCUUUGGAAGGAAGCUCAAACCAAUCCAUUCCUGGUCUGGAGGAGAAAAGGCAUGUAGUAAAUGGUCUUUGUGCUGGUGCAAUGUGUGUUCUGCCCCUUUAUGCCAUGCUUCCUGCAUCAGCACAGCUUCGUGUGUUUGAAGAGAUUAAGGAAGGAGAUCGCCUAGUUGUUGUUGCCACUAAUGUGGCUGAAACCUCGUUAACCAUCCCAGGUAUAAAGUAUGUAGUUGACACUGGAAGAGAACAGGUUAAGAACUAUAACUCAUCCAAUGGCAUGGAAACAUUUGAAGUCCAGUGGAUAAGCAAAGCAUCUGCUGCUCAACGUGCAGGAAGAGCUGGAAGAACAGGGCCUGGCCACUGUUAUCGCCUCUACUCUUCUGCAGUGUUUAAUAACAUUUUUCCUGACUUCUCAAGUGCUGAGAUAUCAAAAAUACCUGUUGAUGGCGUCGUCCUCCUCAUGAAAUCUAUGGGCAUUCAUAAGGUUUCAAAUUUCCCAUUUCCUACUCCUCGCGAGGUUGAAGCGGAGUGUUGCUUAAAGGCUCUUGAAGCACUUGAUAGCAAAGGGAGAUUGACAUCCCUGGGGAAGGCCAUGGCACAGUAUCCCAUGAGCCCUCGCCACUCUCGGAUGUUGCUUACAGUAAUACAAAUAAUGGGAAAGGUGAAAAUUUAUGGGCGGGCAAAUCUUGUUUUAGGAUACACAUUGGCAGCAGCUGCAGCCUUGAGCUUGUCAAAUCCUUUUGUAAUGCAGUUUGAGGGAAGCCACACAGAUACAGAUGGCUUGAAGAAGGAUGAGUCUGACUCCAUAGAUAGCAAGAAAAGAACUGACAAGGAAGCAAAGUUGAGGAAGAAAAAGCUUAAAGAAUCUGCUAAAGUGUCUUGUGCAAAAUUUUAUAAUCUCAGCAGUGAUGCUUUGACUGUAGCUUAUGCCUUGCAGUGCUUUGAACUUUCUGGAAACUCAGUUGAAUUCUGCGAUGACAAGGCACUACAUCUGAAAACCAUGGAGGAAAUGUCCAAGCUGAGAAAGAAGCUACUUCAACUAGUGUUUAACCAAAGUUUUUGUGGUCUUCAACAGGAAUUUUCAUGGACUCAUGGUACUGCAGAGGAUGUAGAACGUGCUUGGAGGGUUUCGUCCAAUAAGUAUCCUCUGCUAUUGAAUGAGGAGGCGCUCUUGGGCCAAGUUAUAUGUGCCAGUUGGGCUGAUAGGGUUGCGAAACAUGUCAGACGAGUGUUGGCAUCAGAGGGAGACAUAAAAGUUAAUGCAAGUCGCUAUCAGGCUUGGAUGGUUAAAGAACCUGUUUUCCUGCAUCGGCGGUCCUCUGUUGCCAAGUCUGCCCCUGAAUUUUUGGUGUACAGUGAACUGCUAUACACAAAACGACCAUAUAUACAUGGUGCAACAAGUGUAAAAUCUGAUUGGCUUGUUAAAUAUGCCGGGUCUCUCUGCACUUUCUCUGCCCCCCUCACAGAUCCCAAGCCUUAUUAUGAUCCUCUGACAGACCAAGUUUUCUGUUGGGUCAUUCCAACUUUUGGCCCUCAUCUAUGGCAGUUCCCAUUGCAUGGUAUUCCAAUUAAAGAUGAUGUGCAUAGAGUGGCUGUGUUUGCCUUUUCUUUGCUUGAAGGUCAUGUUUUACCAUGCUUAAGAUCUGUCAGGAAGUUCAUGGCAGCCUCACUGGGUAGCAUUUUGAGGCUAGAGGCAUCAGGUCAUAGAAGGGUUGGGAAUCUUCACAAGUUAAAGACCAGGUUGAGAAUUAUUGACAGCUGCACCACUUUAAGAGAGGCCUGGAAUGAGAACCCCAGAGAAUUGCAUGCAGAAAUUCUGGACUGGUUUCAGGAGGGUUUUAGUGGUCAAUCUGAAGAGCUUUGGUUGGAAAUGCACCGUGAGGUUCUUUUAGAUCCCAAAGAAUGUUUUCCCAAAAGGGUCAAGAGAGAUAAAAAGGAGAAAUACAGGAUUUGAACUUACAGUUGUUGACUUUUAUCUUGGCAUGUAUCAUCUCAAUGGCUCUCAACAAACUCUGGAAAAGAAACAUGCUCCAGAAUUUUAUGGAGCCAUCGACUAGAUUUUUUAUUCCAUUGUAGAACGCUGUAUGCUAAUAUUUCAAUCCAAUUUGUCUUAUUUCAUUUGAAUAGUCUUGUUUGUUUUGAUAGUAAUUAUUGUUUAUAAAUGCAGAAUUACGUAAAUUGUAACAUCUGGUCAGCUUACAAUUGUUGAGUUAUCAAAUA